UGAGAUGGCAGCAAUGGCAGAAUUCAACAACGUUCGUUCAGUGGCUGAAAUGCCAGAAGGAGACGAUGCUAAACGUAGUUUCCAUCACAGAAUGUUCUUGGAACCCCAAGAGAAGAAGAGGAGCAUGAAGGCUCUGGUGGUUAAGCAAGCAAAGAAAACUUGCAGCUGCACUCCAGCCAAAGUUAAAGACUAUGUUUUCAGUUUCUUUCCUGUCUUGCAGUGGCUUCCUAAAUACAAGCUAAGAGAGUACCUACUGGGAGACAUAAUGUCUGGUGUGAUUGUGGGCGUCUUACUAGUCCCACAGUCAAUUGCCUAUUCUCUCUUGGCUGGGCAGGAGCCUAUUUAUGGCCUUUAUACAUCCUUUUUUGCUAGCAUUAUUUAUUUCAUAUUUGGAACCUCCCGCCACAUCUCAGUUGGCAUCUUCGGUGUGAUUUGCCUGAUGGUGGGACAAGUGGUGGAUCGUGAAAUACAGAGAGCUGGCUAUGACUUAGAGCCAGCUGCGCUCAGUGUCCUCACAGAUACAGCAGCAUAUGUAAACACCACCAUUUUGCCUGUGAAUCAGACAUCGCAGAAGCUGCUCUGUGAUAAAAGCUGCUAUGCAAUUACAGUGGGAGCCACCAUGACCUUCAUAGCUGGAGUUUAUCAGGUGGCCAUGGGUUUCUUUCAAGUGGGCUUUGUCUCAGUGUACCUCUCCGAUUCGUUGCUGAGUGGAUUUGUCACGGGUGCCUCCUUUACCAUCGUAACUUCACAAGCCAAGUACCUCCUGGGCCUAGACAUUCCACGGAGCAGUGGCAUCGGCUCCCUCAUAGCCACAUGGAUAAACAUCUUCAGAAACAUACACAAGACCAACAUCUGUGAUCUCAUCACUAGCUUCUUGUGCUUUCUUGUACUUAUCCCAACCAAAGAGCUUAAUGAACAUUUUAAAUCCAGGCUCAAGGCUCCAAUACCAGUUGAACUAGUCGUGAUUGUGGCAGCUACUCUGGCAUCUCACUUUGGGAAGCUGAGAGAGACUUACGGCUCAAGCGUUGCUGGACACAUCCCAACUGGGUUUCUGCCACCCCGCCCUCCAGACUGGAACCUGAUUCCUAAUGUGGCUUUGGAUGCUAUCCCCAUAGCUAUUAUUGGCUUUGCCAUCACUGUUUCCCUCUCAGAAAUGUUUGCCAAGAAGCAUGGUUACUCUGUGAAGGCCAACCAGGAGAUGUAUGCCAUUGGCUUCUGCAACAUCAUUCCCUCUUUCUUCCAUUGCUUCAUAACAAGCGCAGCUCUUGCCAAGACUCUUGUCAAAGAGUCCACAGGCUGUAGGACACAAAUGUCUGGCAUGGUGACUAGUUUGGUAAUCCUAUUAGUUCUCCUUGUGAUUGCACCUUUAUUUUAUUCCCUUCAGAAAUGUGUCCUUGCUGUCAUAACUAUUGUAAACCUCAGAGGAGCCCUGCGGAAGUUCAAGGACCUGCCAAAAAUGUGGCAUUUGAGCAGAGUGGACACAGUGAUCUGGCUAGUUACUAUGGCAGCCUCAGCACUCAUCAGUACUGAGAUUGGUCUUUUGGUUGGUGUUUGCUUCUCUAUGCUCUGCGUCAUUUUCCGAACUCAGAGACCAGAGGCACCGCUGCUUGGCUGGGUGGCAGAGUCUGAAACGUAUGAAUCCCUGUCUGCUUACAAGAACUUGCAAACCAAGCCAGGAAUCGUGGUGUUCCGUUUUGAAGCACCCCUCUACUACAUCAACAAAGAGUGCUUUAAAUCCACCCUGUACAAGCAAACUGGGGUCAACCCAGUCUGGGUGAAGGCAGCAAAGAAAAAGGCAGCAAAAAGAAUGCUUAGAGAGAAAGAGGUGGAUUCUGGUGGCAACCAGACCAGCAUCUCCAUGGAUUUUGUCUCUGAAUCUCUGGGGUUUCACACAAUAGUGAUUGACUGUUGUGCAGUACAGUUUCUGGACACGGCAGGAAUACGCACGCUCAAAGAAGUCUGCAAGGACUACAGGGAGAUAGGUGUCCAGGUGCUACUGGCCCAGUGCAAUCCUUCAGUGAGGAGUUCCCUGAUCCGAGGAGAAUUCUUUAAAGAGGGGGAGGACCACCUUCUCUUCCACAGUGUGCACCAGGCUGUGGACUUCGCGUUGGGUGCACAGGGGCACAGUGGGACCAGUGCUUCUAAGAACUAGUUGUGGAAAGGGAGCAAGCUGGAACAAAGCCUGGGAAAAAAAUGGCUGUGGGUCUGUAUGUCUAUGCAAUAUAUAUGCACUCAGAUAAAAAGAGGCAGAGUUGUUUUUAACACAGUGGUUACUAUGCAGUCUGUUUUGAUGCUUUAAAUUUGCCUGCUGGGUAUAGUGAUUCAAUAGGUGGUACUGAAUGAAGGCAAUUCUUAACUUGGUUAUGGCCAAUCUGUGAAUUUAAGAGUUUUCAUAUGGUUUUUCAUCUUAUUUCUCAUCUCUGUUGAACUUUCCAUGUCUCAGUUCCCUUCUGAGUUUUGAUAUCAGCAUUGAAGUCUUUAAGGUGUUGUAUGCAGGAAAAGGUGUUGUAUACAGACAAUGUUCUCAUCCUUAAUCGUUCGAAAAUAAUGAGUUAGGAGUCAAAAAGGAAUAAAAUGCAGCAUGAAUCGUGAAAUGUUUUCUAAAAAGAAGUAUAUUUUGAGUUUAGGAUUGUUUUUUUUUUCUGAGCUAGGACCAUUAACUGUUCCCUUCUUUCUAUGAAAGCUGAAAUGUCAUGUAUCACUUCACUCUAGGAGCUGGGACCUCAAGAGAAGGACUAGAUAGCAGAAAGAUAAGUCCCAGGACCUGACAACCUUUAUAUGUUAACUGAACUUACUACAGUUUUUAGGACAUCAUAGCAGCAUAUAGAAAUACUGGGGGAGGUGGGGGGUGGCUGUAGCAUAUAUUGAAAAGGAGCACGUAACUGAGAUCCGUGCAUUGUGUGUUCUAGAACUGGCAUUGUUAAGGAAACAAGUCUCCAAGUAUCAGAGAGAAAAUGCUAAAGCUCCUGCAGUAUUCAAAAAACACAAAUAUUGUUCUUUCUCAGCCUUAAGGCAUACAAGGAGAUGAAUCCCAAAUAGGUACUGCUGAAUUUUUUCUUUUCUGCACUAACCUCCUGCGUGAACUUUUUUAUUCUGGGCUAAGAAUGCCUUAUGCAGUUUAGAUAAUUAUAAUUACUGAAUUGGUAUUACCAGAGUGGAUUAGCCUAAGCCGUAUAAAAGCAGUGAGUGGGGUUAACGCCUAUGUAGGGAGCGAGUGCAGGAUGGAAAUUAUGUUUUAAUUCCUCACCAUACGUUGCGUUGAGUUCCUAUUCAGAGCCAUUGUGUUGGUGUCAAGAGAGAGCUGGCACACCCGCGGCAGCUCCCGCAGCUGGGUGCCAGCUUGGGAAGCUUGUCACUGCAGGGGUUUGUGCCUGGCCACCGACGGGCUGGUGGCAGGGGAGCGGUGCAGACCUAUGCAUGUGCAUUUGGCUGAUGGCAGUGCCAUGGCCUGGGGGAGUCCCUUUUCAGCACAGUUUGUUCACAUUACCAGAAAGCAUCUCUAGAACUUUGAACAAAAGCCUCGAUACCAUUUUUAAACGCUGAUUUUAACUAAUAUUUUUCAACAAAGCAGAACAGUGCUAGAAGCAGUGCCUUCUUCUCAAAGUCCAGAUGAAAAAUUACAGCACAGCAAACAAUAAGUAGUGUACGUUCUUACUGCAGAUGUUCCUGCCUACCUGCAGCUACUUGUUCUCACCCCUUUGCCCCUCAGGCAUGGGCAGCUGAGAGGGAAAGGAGGGAUGAGCAGCCGGCCAGGAGGCUUCCUCUAAGGCAGGUCAGCCAUGGGUGGAAUGGAAGUAAAGUAGAAAUUGCUCUGGGUGAUUCUUUCCUCUUUACACUCACAACUCUUCUCUCCUGUACUCUUUCCAUGCUGCCCAGGUGGAGAUUGUUUGACCUGUGACCAUGCACAGGUUUGUGUAGCCAAAUUCUUACUGAGAAGGGGAAAAAAGUAAUUACUUAUUAAAAGAUGUUUUUUCAAAUCCAUUUCUACCUGUGCCAGGAAGGGAAGGAAUAGCAAUGUCACUUCCAAGAAGUAUGCACUUUCUACAGCUAGCAGGAUGCAUAUUUGUAGCUCGUGGGUAUUUGUUUACAUAAAAGUACAAUAAAACAGCCAUAAAUUGAUUUUCAAAUAAUUAAUUUAGAUUACAGCUAAAAGAUAUACUGAAGUGAUUUAUGUUUAGCUAGAGCAUAUCGUAUUUGGCCUCAGUGCUGUUUGUGCAGCCACGACUAGCAAUAUACCCUCCAAAUUCCAUUUCAAGCAAAACACAAGAAACCAUAUUAAAAUGCAACAGCAAAAGCAGCCAGCCAACCAAAAGAACAACUUUUCAUGUUCUUAUUUAAGAUAACAUCUAGAGGUCAUAGUAUUAAUAAGUCUAUAUUAAUGCACACAGCCCUGGUUAAAAGGGAACAGAAAUAAACGCCAUUUGCCAGAGAGUCCGGUGUAAUAGAGAGUCCUUUGGAAUUAAGUGAAGAUUAGAGCUUGUCAUGGCUGGAAUUUCUUAAAACAGUGGGUUUUCAGCCAUUUUCCUUUUAGGCCUAGAAUAAUUUUUUGAGAGAGACAUGAAUCUGAUUUAAGCCUACUGGCAGGAAGCACAUUUUCCUUUAAUAUGUUUAUGGACCCUUUAGAAGUAAUCCAAUUUUACCUUUAGGAAUUAGGGACCACUGAUUGAAAACUGUUGUCCUAAAGAAUUUGUUUUAUAAAGGAAUUUCAUAUAUACACACACAAAAAUAUGUGUACGUAUAUAUAUGUGUGUGUACAUAUAUAUGUAUAUACACCUUUUGCUGCUGUAUGAUGGAUGCAGCAGCUCUAUAUAUUCAUUUAUGCUUUUGUGAUGCUCCUGUUUCUGUCCUGGAAAGGGCUGUUCUGCCUUCUGCUGUUUUAAGUGAACAGUGGAAGACGUGUACCAGAUUUUAUAAGAGGAAAUCUGCCAUACGCACUGCCUUGUAUGCCUUCUCUUAUCCCUGCCUCACAGCUUAAUUUGUAAUCUAUAGGAAGAGGGAAUCUCAGAACGAUUGUUUUUGGGUUUAUGUGUCCAUCUGGAACAGGAAUGUUCAUCCCAGGUGCAACCUUCAGAACCCCAGGCCAGACUGGAAGAUGGUAUAUAUCAGUUGAUCUCCAUUCCCAAAUGUACUAAUCAGCAAUUAUCAGUCUAAAUGAAGAAUUAAGAGAUCAUUAGCACAUUCAUUAAUGACAACAACACAGCAUUAUGGAAAUUAACACUCACAGUCUCAGCUAUACUAAAGACCCCUGGAAAUGUCUUUAGUAGUCUCCUGGUAAAUGUCAGGCUCUGUUUUCUUAGUUUAUUGCUGCUAUAGGUAGUAGUGUCAGUUCCUCCUAAUGUGGCAGUUGCACUAAUAAAUGUUUCACUUGUGUGAAUGUUUUGACAUAAUCUUCAGUCCACUUCAUAAAACAGGGAAAGGUACUGCAGUGGGGCACAUGGUGCUUAUUUUUGGAUUUAUAAUGACAUUGCCAACCUUAGUCUGGUGCGAUUUAGUGAUCCUGAUUUCCUCGUAAGGCAUUGCAGCUCCAUCUGCUCCUCUCAUUCACUGCGAGACCCACCUCCACCUUCUUGACACUUCUUUCUGUGUUUUCGUGUGAGACGUUGCAUAUAAUUGACUGUAAAUAGAAGAAUCAUUGCCUUUGUGUAUGUUGCUAUUACAUGUGACCUGCUACUCAAUUUUCAUGCCAGAUCUUUUGAUAAGGCUAAAGCUCCUGAACAGAGAGUGUAAAACAACGCCAAAACCCCACCAGUCCUCUGGGGUUGGGAGAAAGGGGGCUGUCGGCAGCUGGCAGGGGAGCACCACUGUGCAUGUCCCCCCAUGAGCACGCUGGAGCCUUAGCCCGGUGUGGGGCUGUGCGAGGGUUUGUGUAGCUGCAGGAGUAACAGUGCCGCCCAGGAACGACAGAUUAACCUGGAGGUGUCUUUAUUAUGAGGCUACUGCGACACUGUAAUAAUAACACAGGACCUAGUUCCUGCUGAGUGCUGCUGCAUGAGUCACUGUCCC